ACGCUGGCAUGUGCCGCAGAUUAUGCCGCAUUGGCACAACCGUACGGCACCGGUCGGUCGACGAAUCGCGUCGUGACGAGAUUCGCGAAACGAAACGGACGAGUCGAUCGCGAAACGAUUAAAAACGAGGCGACCACGAUGCGCCGCCGCGGACGUCGACGACGAUCAGCCGAUCCGUGAGUCGAGAUAUCAAAGAAAAUCGACGACCCGUCGAUACGAGUCGGAAGUAUAGGGGAGGAAAAAGGUUCGUCUACUUACUCGAAGAAACAGAAGCCCACAGAAUCAUGAACGUCCGACGUUUGCCCGGUUUCAUGUACCACUACAAGAUGAUCUCUGGCUUCCUGGCCUCGACUGUCCUCCUCGUCUUGUACUUGCUUCUUCACUGGGGUAUUAUGUGCACGAACCUCGAGGCCUGGCGUCACGUAUCCAACGUGUGCAGCACGCACAGAAAAGGCUCCGCGAUAGGAAUUCUAUGCGAGCCGCUGUGCUCGGAAAAGGGGAUUCACUCGCUCGCGUGCGAAACGCUACACGCUGGCAAGGAGGCGGUCUUCUCUGCGCACUGGGAAGCUACUAGACUCGUGUUCAAGGCUUCGAGAACGAAGACCCCGGUUGAGCAGUACGAGUCGCUGUUCUGGACGGACAUAGCCGGGGACAAGCAUUUCCCAUCCGAGAAGGACUUCAGCGCCAUGAUCCGGGAUCUGGUCGUUAGCAAGCUGAACGUGACGCUGUCGCAGCAUCAAUUAGAGAGGCUAGCGCGACUUCGUACGCAUCGCGUCGAGACGGAGUUGUCCAGACGACAGCUUGAAAUGGAGAAUCUCUGGCCGUUGUUGCAGGAGAACGAGUACCUGAUGACCAUCCUCUACGAGGACAGGGACGUAUUCCCUCAGCUGAUUGGCACGUGCGGGACGUUCUACGCGGUCGAGUACGUUCGACCGAUCGAAACGCCCACGACCGUGCUCGCGUUGUCCGACUCGAAGCCGGAAUGGGCGAAACGGUUGAAGCUGGCCGUGAUGAUCCUGGACCUGCUCGAGGAAUUCGACACCAACUUCCCCGAGCCGAUCCAUCUCUGCGACGUGAAAAUAAACCAUUUCGGACUGCCUCUAGGCGGACAGAAGCUCAAGUUCCUCGACCUCGACGCCGUGUUCCCUAAAACGAUCAUCAGCCGUAUCACGUCCGACAGAAAGAGCUGCGUGAAACACGAGGACUGCGACUUCUUCGACUGCAGGUCCAUCUGCUCCAAAGACAAGCGCUGCGAGUCUCCGGUCAUGAACAAUAAUUUACAAAUCGUGUGCGAGAAGAUAUUCCUCGGCUGGACGCUCUCGGGGACUAUCAUAAUUCCUGGACUACUUAUGUCGGAGCACACCACUAGCACACUCGCGGUAAUGUUGCGACAGUGUGCGAAUCCAGCUGGCGAUAUCGAGCAUCUGCCACGUGCUGCAGUGCCAGAUAACUUGAAAACGCGUUUGUACAAUAUGCUGCACGAAAUGGAACAGGAGGUUGCAGCUUCUGUGUAAAAACUAAACACAUUUUCGUUGAUGUACAAAGACGUUGUAAGGCUCUAUAGGAUGUCGUGUUUUAAUUUGCAGACUUCAGCAGGGCCGUUUUAUUGAAUUUAUUUUGUUCAGAUAUCGUGGAUUAGAAAAGAAAGAAAAAUUCAAGGGCUGCCAAGGAAGGCAAUGGGGAAAUUUCAGUGACCAAUGCCGCCACAAAUGUGUUCAACGUUGUACACAUUAGCAUGGGGGCCCUUAAGGGGGCAUUUCACUGUGAACGCACAAAAAACAACAUAUUUUCAAUAAUUUUUUUCUUAUGAACUAUUGUAUAAAAUAAAAUUCCCCUUAAAAGUAUGAUUAAAGAAUGUAAAUAAAAAAUUUUUUUUGGUAGAAAAUAUUUCGUCAUUUAUUUACAAAAUAAUAUGCAUGUGUAAAAAAAAAAGUUAUCCGCUGACGUAGAUGAUUUUGGCUCUCCUGGUAAGCUGAAACAGAAAAUCGAAAAAGUUUAUUAAACUAUGUCGUCACACCUAUAGUCGGAACCUCCACUUAUUUAUUUCAUCGAAAAUAAACAAAAUGGCAGCGUUUCUUGUGAAAGAGAGUAAAAAAAAAACCCUUUUUUUGUACCGUAAAUCAGGUGAAAUUGUAAGUAAAAAUUAAAACAUCAACGACUUGGAGAUUCCAACGAUAGGUGUGACGACAUAGUUUAAUAAACUUUUUCGAUUUUCUGUUUCAGAUUACCAGGAGAGCUAAAAUCAUCUGCGCCAGCGGAUAACUUUUUUUUUUGGAACACAUACAUAUUAUUUUAUAAAUAAAUGACAAAAUAUUUUUUACCAGAAAAAAUUUUUUAUUUACUUUCCAUAAUCAUACCUUUAAGGGGAAAAAACAUUCAUUCAAUUUUAUGCAAUAGUUCCUGAGAAAAAAAUUAUUGAAAAUAUGCUUUUUUUUAUGCGUUCACAGUAAAUGUCUCCCUAGACGACACUGGAUCUUAGUUAUUUAUGUUUAAACUUUGUUCCCACGUCUGGUGGACGUGAUCGUGUCGACCUUUCAUAGACGCAUCAUCAUUUCUGUGAAUUGAACCUUCAGUCCUAAUCGUCAUCUUCAUCCUUGCGAAUAUACUUCCUGACUCGAAUACAUUCGCAGAUUCGAAUAAACGAGAGAUGAACGAACAUUUUUACUGUGAGAAUUUAAAAGAAUAAGCGACCACUAGAGGCUAGUGAUAGUGAUAAGGAUAGAAAGUGUAAAAACAAUGUUAUCAACAACGAGCACAAAUAUGGAGUACUCUCACUUAAUUGCAGCCUUACUACAGUGUACUUUAAAUUUGUUCGAUACGCUUAUAUAGGAGCCAAAGUACAAGAGUCAUUAUUUUUAGUAUCCGCCCGUAUGACUUGACAAAUUUCGGUGAAAAGUUAGUAUGUCAUAGAUCCUAAUCUUCCUCAACUUGGAUUGACAUUAGAAUUCUUCAAUUCGUCGCAUGGUACUGUGCGAGAAGUCAAAUUAAUUGCAGAAAUCAGAUCAGUAUUAGAGUUUAAUUAGUUUAAGGUUUACCAGCAGUUUGAACAAUUUUACACUGGAACAUUUUGAGAAGAAAUAAGUAGCUCUUGAUUCUUUAGACGUACUUGGCCAUUCCUUUUAACCGAUAAUAAAUCUUAUUUUCGAAAGUAAAUGUUAUUUACUUCUACCUUAUACAGGAAGGAAAUUUGUGAAAUGAAUUUAUGUUGUUACAUAGAAUAAAUACAAUUUUUUAAAUUAAACAA